AUGACAAAAUGGGGGGAUGUCAUACUGCAGCAGUUUGACAGUCUCCUGUCCUUGGAGAGCCGGAGUGAGGACUUCCUCUCCUUUCAACCCAUGCAGAAGAGGCUGGACAUCUUCCUGAGCAACGCCAUGGAGCCUUAUCCCGAGCUGUGGGCCUUCUGCAAGAAGCUGCUCAUCCUCUCCCACGGUCAAGCUACAGUUGAGCGUGGAUUCUCAAUCAAUAAAGAGGUGGAGUCUGAUAACUUGGCGGAGGAUACUGUGGUCACACGGAGACUGGUGUGUGACUACAUCAUACAACAUGGAGGUGUUACCAAGGUUCCACUCAGUAAACCGCUACUGGAAAGUGUAGCAAGGGCAAGGACAAGGUAUCGUACCCAUCUGGAGACCAAAAGAAGGAACAGGGAGGCAAAAGACCAGGCUCUCAAGAGGAGGGAAGCAGAGGACUGUCUUGAGGAGCUGAAGGUUAAGAGGAGACGUGUACAGGAGGUAUCUGAGGGUCUGGCUAGGGAUGCGGACAAGAUGGCUGAGGAGGCUGAAGCGAAGGCAGGGAGCAAGAUGGCUGGCCUGAUCACCAGGUCAAACAUCCUGCGGAGAGGCCAUAAAGAGAAGUUGGCAGAACUGGCUCUCCUUGAUAAAGAGAUCGCUGCUAAGAGUGCAGAGCUUAGGAGUUGACUGUGUGAUCAUAAUUUUAUUUAUUGUUGAGUUGAUUUUCAUUGUUUAUUGUUCAGGAGUCUGUGCUGUUGGCGUAAGUACUCACCACUAUGCUGCAAUAUUCCAUCAUUCCAUAAUGCUUUACAGUCCACAUUUUCACAUUUGUUGAAAUAAAUGAACAAAUUUUGAACAAACGUUGUCGGUAGGUCUGUGAAAUAGGUAUUAAUUUUUAUAUAAGUGGUCUUAAAAGGGACUUAAAAAGACUUGAAUUUGACUUGAACAAAUCUGUAGGAACCCUGUAAUAAAAUAACCUCA